CCAUAAAUAACGCCAUUCUGUUUAGCGUGCAAACAAAACCCCAACAAACAAACCCUAAGCCGAGUCUUCAGGAUAGAUUUUCAUUUCUCACUCAAGAUCAAGGAGCAGUGAGACAACGCCAUGGAUGACGAGGUGCGCCAGAUCUUCAACAAGUUUGACAAGAACGGUGAUGGAAAAAUCUCGAUCACAGAACUGCGAGACAUGCUCAGCACGCUCGGAUCCAAAACAACGAAAGAGGAACUGAAACGCAUGAUGGAGGAACUCGACAAGAACGGUGACGGUUUUAUCGAUCUCAAAGAGUUUGCGGACUUCCACUGCAAUGACGUCGGAAACGAUCAGUCAAAGGAGCUCCGCGACGCGUUCGAUCUUUAUGAUGUUGACAAGAAUGGCCUCAUCACUGCGAAGGAGUUGCACGACGUGCUUCGCAAGCUUGGAGAGAAGUGUUCCCUUAGCGACUGCCGGAGAAUGAUCAGCAACGUUGACGCUGAUGGCGAUGGCAGCGUUAACUUCGAGGAAUUUAAGAAGAUGAUGGCUCGUUCUUAAACGCGACUCGAUUGUUUAAAGGUACGUUUACGUUUCGUGAUGCCAGGGUUUCGUUUAAGCAGUUGUUAGGAGAGUACGAAUUGCACAUAAAGUAACUGUUAACAUCUUUUGUACAUCCUCUACCGUGAUAUGUGGCGUGGCUUUAGGUGUUAGGUUAGGGACUGAAGAUUGAAGAACGAAGAAGUAAGAAGUAGGAAGCAGUAGUAGAAGUAAAAUUUGUAGGACUAAGUUCUCUACUUAUUAUGAUAAUAACUCUUGUUUUUCAAGGAAAACUUAUGGUUUGUUUUUUCGUAAUUCCAUUGUCACUGCACUAUUAUUUUUUUUAAAUUCGAAUCGAACUACCAUUUUCAAUUUCAUACA